AUGGGGCUCUCGGAAGCAUACAACUAUUUGACCAGUUUCUAUAGCAGAUCCAAACGAAAUGUGAGGCAUCAGCAACGGAGAAAGGCAAACACUUCAGGAGACAGCCUUAAUUCGUCGUCUUCUCAAGAUGUUUUCCAUUCAGCCGUAUUGGCACCAAAAAAGGUCCGCCGCUCCGCCAUUACUACCGAUGAGAAGAGCGAGUCCACGCAAUCAAGCGAAACGUCCAGCACGAAACCGCCAGCUGCUGGGUUAACGGAUACCGGCACGGCGAACCUGGUUGAACAAAUACAAGCUCACCUUUCAGGGGGAGACGAGUCGGUCGGGGAAUCAGCCAUUUCACCUCCCAAGAUUCCACCACGUAAUCCGAACAGGCAGACGCAGCAGGGAGGAGAGACGCUUCAGCCCGCCGCAGGGCCUAUGAUGCAUCGCAACACCACGUCGCUGAACCUUGCCGUCACGACUGGGGAGGGCGUGUAUAAUGGGAUGGGGACAACGAGUAAGACAAGCAGCCACACAGCUCUGUCCGAGAGAUCCUGCAUAACGGUCAACCACGACCCUACCAAGAGAGCCACAAGUCCCAUCGAAACAAUAGACAGGAUAACGCCGUCUGAGGCCGAGUCAAAUCCCUUUUCUGACGGUAAGGCCAUGAAGGUAUCGUGGGAGGGAACACGCUCUGCCCUUGUCCCGCGGGGCUCGUCCCAGGCCUUCAGCAACGAAACGGAGAACUCGGACGGUAGCUAUUAUAACCGAAACCAAGAGCAUCAUGGAGACAGGCCCACGAAGUCUGCUGGGUUUGAUAUGGUACCUGGGCGAAGGAGUGGAAGUAUUCACUCUUCCAACUCGGCAUCUCAGCGACUGAUUGCAGGUAAUAACGAAGGGCGAAGGGAAUUGAUUAGAUCGCGGGCACUGCUUGGGUUCAAUGUAUCGGCUGAAUAUUUUGGAUUGAGUGUUUUGACACCUGAGGAGAUACCAACCUCGACGGCGCCAGUCGAGGUGGCUGAGACGCCCGCACGACAGACCUCCCUGCUCAACCGGCUGCGUAAAGUCAAGUCCAACCUCACGGUCAAACGAAAAGACAACACCAGACACUCGUUGCGGCGUAUCAAGACGAUGGCAAAUAUAAAUGUCCAAGUACAAUAUGGCACACUUGAAGGGAAACCGAUCGAAGACCUUGCUCGCCUCGGAGGAGAGAGUGUUCUCACCUUUCCUCGCGAGUAUGGGCCCGGAGUCCUUCGACUGCCGACCUGUAUUGCAGCUCCAGUCCACUUCUUGCUGCAGCAUGGUACCUCUGCACCGUACGGAUACGGCAGUUCGUGGGACGAGUCGGUUGUCUCAGCGCUGUAUGGCCACUAUGCAACCCAGAUCCUCAGAGCCGAGCGAGUGAAGGAGACCAUCAGCAGGACGACGAGGUCGGUUCGCCUUCCGUCCGGCUAUGUUUAUAAAUACGCCCGGACAAGAGGUGACGCCCACGUCCAGGACAUAUCCUCGGUCCUCAGACACUUCCUCUGCGAGCUGCCAGGUGGUAUUCUGGGCUCGUCCUAUCUGUACAGCGUCCUGGAGAAGAUACACGACCAGACAUUCUCGGCCGCGAACGAAUCGCGAGACCCAGGCCGCAAGGAAUACGUCCCAGACAUGGUUCCUUCUCUCGCAGCGAAGGUCCGAAUGAUCACUAUGGCCCUGCUGGCGCUGACGACAGACAUGCAGCUGGAGUUAAUCUGCGCCAUCUUCGGCCUUCUCGCGCUGACUGCAGACGAAUGCGCAGACCGGAAGACCGCCCACCAGUACUUCCACCUCCACGGCGCAGGGCCCUGCGAGUUCUGCAUGACACUGCCCACUCCGCGUACGCUGGGACGGGUAUUUGGCUCCUUCUUGCAUGAUGUGACGGGCGUCCGCGAGCUUCAGCCGGUGGUCCAGUUUAAGCUGGCUGAGGGAACGCAGUCGGCCGAUGUAGCGACGAUGUUGGUUGACCUGUGGAAAGGCAUCGCUGCACAGCUGCGUAUGUGGGAAGUCCUCGACGGACGCGAGUAG